AUGAAUCGUCUAAUGGGCUGGAAGUUUUCAUUCUACUGGUCGUGCACUGAUUAUUCACCGUAUAUCGACAUGCAAAAAGCUUACUGUUCCGUUAAUCGAGCGUUAUUGUGGACAGUUUGUAGACAUUAUGGGUUAUCCGAUAAAAUAGUCCGAAUGUUGAAAUUACUUCAUAAGAACAUCAAAGCACAAGUGCGAAUCAAUGACAAGUUGUCUGAUCCAUUUGAUAUAGAGACAGGUGUCAUGCAUGGUGGUAUUCCUUCUCCGGUGCUGUUUAACAUCUUGUUCAAUUUUAUCAUCCAGAGAGUUAUCGAAGAAGCGAGAAUAACCGGGCUGAAACUGGCCUAUGGCAGCGGAGAUUUCUUUCAUUCGGCACAGGAAUUAAUGUAUGCAGAUGAUCUUGUGGCAAUGUGUGAUAAUGAUGCUGAUUUAAAAUCAUUUGUACGAGUAUUUGAAAAAGUUACACAAGAACGUGGGUUAACAAUGAGCAUUAAAUAG